CGAACUUUGAUUCGGAGCGCACACCCUCACCGUUGUGAAGAAGAGCGCGAUGGUCUUCACCCACCGUCGGUGACACCUCAUGGUCGCUUACGCCUGCGACGAUCCCAGUGAGAGCUCAGGGUCGGCCUCGCUUCAUCGUCACAACGGGGUUUAUUCAUCAUUGCACGUCGUUAGGUGUUGUUGUCAGCUACGCUUCUCAGCACCACCAGUCUUGAGUGUGUCUACUAGCGGCACUAAUCGCCUGUCCGUUCCCGACCUGGCUGUUCUUUUUCUUGCCUUACUUCACAUUGAACAAUGUCCGGCUGUCUGUGGUCCACAAUACUGUUCCAUGACAGCUCCAUUGCAACGAGCGAGCUUGCGGGACUGAGGCAUCCUCUAGAACACAUUUUGGAAGGUAUCCAGCUUCACCUGAAGAACGACGAAGUUCUUCCGACAUUCUGGUGGACACAGCAGACGGUUUCCUAUUGCACAAGCAACGACGGCAUGCAGGUUCUCGCAGUCAUCGUGAACAUCAUGCUCCCGCAGUCGAACGGUCGAGUUGGGUGGCCUGUAUACUGCACGGUUGACCUUGCGACCAAGACCGUCUUUAAUCGCUUUCAGAAUGCACAUUUCCCUGCGUCGGAGAAGAUCGUUCGUGCGCUACUCGAGAUAAAGCAGAUGCUCUCCGGGUUCGCCAUGCGCAGGUUGGUGGGUGGAGGUAUCUUUACCCAACAGACUCCCGGUAAGCCACCGGCGGUGAAGCUCGACGAAAGCUAGAUGUUUAUUUGGCAAUGUGGCUUGUGUUCAAGGAGGUUCUCGGAGCCGACGAUACCCGCUGGAUGCACACACUGUGCACCUCGGUACCACGUUUCUUGUCUAUGCGGAUCCAAGUGGUACUGCACCAUGUGCAUGUCUUCCGAUACGAAAGACCUCUGGACGUGUAUUCGUUGCGACACACCAUCGUGCGGCCAAGGCAAUCCGUGUUUCGGGGAACGCAAAUGCGGAGAGUGUGGCGAAGAAGACGACAUCUGCAAGGACUGCACAGCGAAGGAAGACCCGCAGGGACUCGGCGACGACGUUACAGCCAUCAUGUAUCACUGCCCGCUGUGCAAGAACGGCAUCUGCAACAACUGCAGCCGCAGUUCAUUCAAUCCAUGUGACGAGUGCGGGAUGAUCUUCGACGCGUGUAGCAAAUGCAUGCAGACAUGCGCAAGUUUUGGAUGCGAUACGCCGGUGUGCGGCAACUGCUCACGUGACAGCUUGCGUAACCCUGCGUCGCGCUUCUGCGACGACUGCGUGCUGAAGUACGCUAGGUGGUAACGGAAGUUCUUUUACCGGUAGCCUCGCCGCGUAUACUUAC